GGCAUGGCGGAAGCGGAUGAAGUGCGCGUGGGAGGGAUCCGGCUCCAUGAUAGGUGAGUCAAUCUGAUACCAAAUUGUUUGCAAGAAACUCAGCUAGAGAAGGAAGAAGGGAAACAACAGGCAUGAAGAUAUCUGAUUACAGGUCAAGGUUCUCUAGUUUCUACCUGCCUCAUCUCUAUCUCUCCUGUAUUAAUACGAUACAGCUUGGAAUCGAGGCCUGAAUAUCAGCUAAGGCCAUUGGGGUCCUGGAUUCCUGACAUUGGGUUCCAUGGUUCGCUUGGGCCAAGUCGACAAGGGGCGGACUGGGCGGAUGUAGCCCAGUGUGAACUGUGAAGCAGCUGUUGCAGUGGUAACACAACCACAUUAGUAACUAUUGUAUUAGAACAAUCGAUUCUUUGCUUCAUUCUAGUGACGACCUUCCUUUUUCUCUUUUCCCCUUUGGCUUUCUCUUUUCCUUUUUCUAGCACUGUUUUAUUUGUCGGUUGUGUUUUAUAUAUAACAAGGCUGCUGCAAGGGACAACCGGACAGAGUAACAAGUUUCUUGCUUGUCUAGCUAGCCUCUUCUCUUGUUUGCCUCUUCACCUGUAUUGAGGAUAAAGAAGUUGAGUGCGUUUAAGUUACUGGAUCAUCAUCUCUUGCCGUCCAUAUACUAUACGGCGGCCAUAUUCAGCAGCCAGGGGAAGCAUUAUAUAUGGACCAACGUCUCCUGGAAGCAGCCACACGUGGUGACGCUCCAUCAAUGAAGCAACUACUAGCAGCUCCUGGUGACUCGGACGUGCUGCUCGGGACGACUCCACGGGGAAACAACUGCCUCCACAUCGCCUCCAUCCAGGGCCACGAGGAAUUCUGCAAGGAUGUCGUGACGACGCUCGACCAUUCUCCGGCUCUCCUCUCGGCCGUCAACAAUGAUGGCGAGACGCCGCUGCUCACCGCAGUGACAAGGGGCCGUGUGCCUCUGGCCUCUUUUUUACUCAGGUGCUGCCGCGACCAGCAGCUGAGCGAGACGAUCCUGAAGCAAGACAAGCACGGAUGCAACGCCCUGCACCACGCAAUACGCAGCAGGCUCAGGGACCUCGCGCUGGAGCUGAUACAAGUGGAGCCUGCUCUGUCGGAAGCUGUGAACCAAUCCGGCCAGUCACCCAUGUUCAUCGCGGUGAUGAGGAAUUAUGAGGACGUCUUCGAGAAAUUGUUGGAGAUUCCGAGUUCUGCUCAUGGCGGACCCGGAGGCAUCAAUGCUCUGUAUGCUGCCGCGAGAAACAGUAACUCAGUCAUCGCUAAAAUGAUUAUGGAGACACGUCCUGCUCUGGCCAGUGAAGAAGAGGGAAGGAACAAGAAUACUCCACUGCAGCUGGCUACACUUUGGAGCAGGAUUGACGUGGUAAGAGUACUGUUGGAACACGAUCGGUCUUUAGGGUACAGGUUCUCCGCAGAUGGGGAACCACUUCUCGUUUCUGCUGCAUUCCGAGGCCAUGUCAGUGUCGCUCGAGAGCUCCUUAAAUAUUGUCCAGAUGCGCCCUAUACCUACACAAGUAACGGUUGGACAUGUCUGCACGUAGCUGCAAUCUUUCAACAGACGGAGUUUGUAGAAUUUGUGCUGGGUUCGCCACAGCUCCGUGGACUCAUUAACAUGCAAGAUUCAGACGGAAAUACUGCUCUGCAUCUCGCAGUCGCCGUCUGCAAUCCCAAGAUAGUCGCUGCUUUACUGCUUCGCCAAGACAUUGACGUCACAAUGAUGAACAAAAAGACUAUCACGCCAAUCAUGGUAUUAUCUGGUGCCGCCGACAAAGCCAAGACAUUAAACUAUAUGUUCUCUCAGUACACGUACUAGUCCACUAACAAAUUAGUCUGUAUGCUUUCCCAAAACAAACAUAGCCUGUAUAUAUGCCGAUCAUAUCGACUGUCCUGUCAUAUUGUUCUUCUAGUUCUACCAAUCAUUCACCCGUGGAAUUUGACAACUAAGCAUAACUAACAGAGUUAGAUAAUGUUUUAGGGAAAAAAUAAUAGAUUGAAUGGCUUUGACAGAGCAUUCAUUUCUAUCCCUUAAAUAUCUUUUAGGGAUCAAUUUCGUCCUUAGUUUUAAAAUGACCAUUUAAAUCCACAGGUUUUACAUUUGGGUUCAAUUCCAUCCCAAAACUAU